GGCCCGGCCGCCGCCGCCGCCGCUGCUGCCGCCGCCGCCGCCGCUGCCGCCGCCGCCGCCGCCGCCGCCGCAGCCGCCGCUGCUGCUGCUGCUGCUCCCGCUGCAGCCGCAGCCGCCGCCGCGGGAAAAGGGGCCGGCGGGAAGCGGGGGAGCUGGAGCCGCUGGGGCCGGGGCCUGGGCCGCGCGCCGCCCCGCGCGCAGCAUGGUCCUGGUGCACGUCGGCUACCUGGUGCUGCCCGUCUUCGGCUCCGUGCGCAACAGAGGUGCUCCUUUUCAAAGGUCUCAGCAUCCCCAUGCUACCUCCUGCCGCCACUUCCACCUGGGUCCCCAGCCUCAGCUUUCGGCCGACUUCGCCCUGCCUCACGCGGUGCAGCCCCAGCCAGGGCUGACCCCCCACAUGGCCCCCGCGCACCAGCACAGCGGCCCCCUGCACCAGUCCCUGGCACCAGUGCCAGCCCUGCCCUUCCAAGACGUGGCCGGACCCUCCUUCCUACCUCAGGCGCUACACCAGCAAUACCUCCUCCAGCAGCAGCUCCUCGAGGCCCAGCACCGCCGGCUCAUGCCCCAUCCCAGGCGGGCUCAGGAGCGCAUGUCCGUUCAGCCCCACCGCCUGCACCCCAGCUUUGAUUUCAGCCACCAACUGCAAACUCCACAGCCCAUGGGGCCCCAGCCCAGGUAUUUAGCUGAAGGCACGGACUGGGACCUCAGCGUGGAUGCAGGCCUGACUCACGCCCAGUUCCAGGUCCGGCCGGUCCCUCAGCCCUAUCAGCAUUACUUGGCCACACCUCGGAUGCACCACUUCCCCAGAAGCACAUCCUCGACACAGAUGGUUGUUCAUGAAAUCAGAAAUUACCCUUAUCCUCAGCUCCAGUUACUUGCUCUUCAGGGACUGAACCCAAGCAGGCACACGUCGGCUGUGCGGGAGAGCUAUGAAGAGCUGCUGCAGCUGGAGGACAGGCUGGGCAGCGUGAGCCGUGGCGCCGUGCAGAACACCAUCGAGAGGUUCACCUUCCCCCACAAGUACAAGAAGAGAAGACCGCAGGAGGGCAAAGCUGAGCAGGAGGAUGGAGAGGAGUCGGACACUGAUGAGAAAUGCACAAUCUGUCUGUCCAUGCUUGAAGAUGGAGAAGACGUCAGGAGGCUACCUUGCAUGCAUCUCUUCCACCAAGUGUGCGUGGACCAGUGGCUGGCCACCAGCAAGAAGUGCCCCAUCUGCAGGGUGGACAUUGAAACACAGCUCGGCUCGGACAGCUGAAAGGACUGGCUGGACACACCAUUUUCCUUAUCAGGUCGUAUGGCCAUAAACCCUUGCAGCAAAAUUUUUGCCUUCUGAGCCAUUUGAUUGAGAGGAAAAGUCUGCAGGCACGUUAGCGAGGAGGAGGAGGAGGAGGAGGCGGUACAAUAUCUAGCGGUAGGAGAUAUUGCACAUACGCAGGAUACGGGCCCGGUGAAAGGGAGCUGGCAUUCCCGGAGCUCAGAGACCCCGUGCUGCAGAAGAUUUAGUGUUGAACAUGAAGGAACUAGUUGUGGUAGUCUGGCCUGUCAAUCCUGCAUUUCAUGAGGAUUGUAUAUAUACCUCUCGAAUACGUAGAAACAUGUUAUAGGGGUCCUUUAGCUAUUUCUAUGGAUGGCAGCUGGAGCAUGUUAGCUUAAGAAAUGUUGUGUUUGAUGCCCUACUCAUCUUGUGGUGGACAUGUUGCUGUUACCUAAUUUGCACCAAAUAUUUUUUCAUAGAUUCCUUAUUUUGGUGCCUGAUUAAUACAUUGCAGAGGGGGAACGAGGAGGUCAAGCUUUCCCACCCUUGAGGGGAAGAGGCGAAAAAGCAAAAUCCUGUUUACAGUCAGAAGGGUUGCGCUCUUUGCCUCGGCCGCGUGUGCUUCCUUUCCGUGCGUUUACAGUGCUGCAAAUUCAGAGACGCUUACAAAAUAAAAUAAAAUUGGGAACAAAAUGAGUGAAGCAAUAGGGAGAGGCUUCCCUAUAAGCUUCCUGCUAAUCUGCUGGUGCUGGAUGCUUUCUGGAGGGGCACGAUAUCAAUGGGGAUGCUGUUUCUUUGCUUUCUGUGUCUUAACAAAGUGGCUUGGCAUGCCGAAAUCCAAGGCAGGCCAUGUGCUCUCUCUGUGCUUGCCAUCUUCCAUACAUACUGCUUUCUCCUGUGAGCCAGAGGCUGGUUGGCUUCAGCAUGCUGUGGCAUGGCCCCUCUGGGGUUAAACACCUCCCAGGCUCCUUGCUGGUCCAAAAUGCUGGUUAUUGAGCCGACUCCUGUACCUGUGCUUUGGGGUGUAAUUGCUCAGAGGAACCUCCAAGGGGACAAAGCCCAGCACCGCAUGAUUUGGGGAUAUUGCUAACGCUGUGGCUGGGCUGGGGUAGAGCCACAGCCAAGCUGCCCUGCUCCUGUUCCACAUCCCAGCCCACAGCAAGGUGGGAGAAGUGGAGCAGGGCCUUUUUAAUCACACGUGGUCAACCUGCUUCACUGCUUUCCUGGUGAGAAAUCACAGCACAGGGAGAUUAAGCAGAUGUACAGCACAGGUGGAAGCCUUUCUUUCUUUUCCAUUGUUUUCCUCAAUCCACCUGGGUUCAUAGGCUGUGGGGUCAAGUCUCUCAGAGCAGGGAUUGCAGAGAUCCCUCUCUGACAAUGGGAUGGGAGGAAUCGUUGCUCAUGAGACAUCACUGUGGGUGUUUUGGUGCAGGAGGGGAAUGCCAGUUCUCAAGGGUUUGCUGCCUUCUGGAGGGGCUGGGUUUAGCCCUGUAUCAGAGCAUUGUUAGACACAGAUGCAUUUCACUCCAUAUCCAUAUGGAGAAAAAGGUGAUUAUUAAAAUGAAACCUAAUACACCAGUCUCCAUUAUAAAAAUGCACAAAACUACAUCAGGAAGCAGUCCUUAGAAUAGAAGUAUCACAGAAUCAUUAGGGUUGGAAGAGACCUCCAAGAUCACCUGGUCCAACCAUCACCCUACCACCAAUGUCACCCACUAAACCAUGUCCCUAAGCACUACGUCCAGCCUUCCCUUGAACACCCCUUGAAGGAGUGAUCCAUUUUUAUCCAUGCUCCCCCAGAAAUAAAGACCUCAGCUGCAGGGACCUCAGCUGAAAACCCUUUGGUGAACAGGCAUUCACAACCAAAAAGCCUUUCUUUUUCUUUUAAGUCUUUUUUUUUUUUUUUUUUUUUUUUUUUUUUUUUUGAAACUAGGAAAGGAGAGAUGCGGAGGAGCCAGGGGAACAAGUCCUGAACUUUAUAUAUUUAUAAUGCAGAUGCGGCGGAGCUGAAUUUUGGCUCCCUGAGCACCCAUUCUGCUGGAGCCAAGCGAUGCUCUCCACGUAGAAAUGAUCAUAAAUUACCAUCUGGGAGAUUGCAGGAUUCCUGUGAGCUGUAACAGGAAAACACCGACCUCGGAGGACCCACAGAGAUUAUUAGUAUUUUUAUUUUUGCCAACCUGCUGAUGAGAAUGAAGGAGGGGGUGUGGGGCUGCAGGAGACUUCCUCCGCUCUCACUGUGCUUGUGCAGGUAGAAGGGAGUGCAGGGGGGACACGGUGACGUAUAUUUGUUUGGUGACAUUUAUUUGCCACCUGUGAGAAAUGGUUUCACAGGGGAUACAGCAGUCCCAGCCCUAAUGUCUGGAGUGAUGUGGCCUCGUGCAGCACUGGGACAUAGGGGGCUUGCUCCAGCAGCAGCAGAUUCAAGCAGCAUUAAAAAAUAAUCCUAAUGCUACCGAUAAUACGGACAAGAAAAGCGAGAUGUUGUUCAUAAAGCACACUGUAAGCCGGUCUGGUGCACCCAGGCGUGAGCUGGCGGCGAAGCAGGGGAGGAGCUGGGCAGUGGGACCCUGGCUGUGCGGGGAGGGAAGGAGGAGAGCUUCCGAACCGCGCGUUUUCUUAAAGCCUAUGCGAAAGUAUUACUAUUUGCCUAACGAACAAGCACAGUUUUUAGAUAUAAAAGUAACAAAAAGACAAAAAAAUCUGGUGAAGAAAAGCACCAAACUCCCGUGGUCUCGUGUGAGUGACUGAUCCCGAGGUGCGUGAGAACCUAGAGCGUGCGGAUCUGCAGCGGUGUGUCAGGUUCCUGUUUGCGUUGAAAUCAUUUCUACGAGUAGGUCGCGAUGAUAGGAGGAGUUAAAAAAAAAAACAACAACAAAAAACCAACAACAAACAAAA